GUUCUCACCUUUCUUUGAUAUCUUCUCUAAGGAGUCGUUGGUUAUUGGCAGUUAUCAACCCUUUUGCGGCAUUGGUGUAUUACCUUGACCCGUUGAGUGACAUGAAUGUCAAUCUAGGAAUGAAGAAUGUUAUCGAAAUUCCCAUGAAGAUAUUUUAUGCUCAAAAAGGUGUAAAUAGUCAUAAAAAAGUACAUUGGCAAGUCACUCAAUGUCCAAGUCAAGCAAGAGUUGAGGAGUCUGGAUAUUACAUCAUGAAAUACAUGAAAGAUAUCAUUGGAACUCCCAUCAAUACAAUUAAAGAUAAGUUCAAGGAAAAAGAUUCAUACACUCAAGCAGAGCUUGAUGAAGUUCGAGUAGAGUGGGCAGAAGUGGUUGACUCAUAUAUCCAAGCAAAUGAAGAGUAACUGGAAUACAAGAGUAAUCAAAGUACAAGUAGGAAAGGAAAGAAUAAUCCUAGUAGGAAAGGAAAGAAGUAUCCUAAUUUAAUUAUACUUCCUAAUAUCCCCCCGCAAGCUGAUCAACGG